CUGACACAUCUGGAUAGGCCCUUUUAAUUACGUUGGCCAGGGACUAGCGAUGAUGACGUUGAGGCUGGUGGCUGCGUAUACUGUGUGGUUCUGCGACUUUAUGUUUGCACCGGAGGAAGAUGGCAGUGCAGUAGUGGAGCAAUCACGGAAUCAAUUGUUUUUGUUUUUGUUGCCAGGACCGCUGGAAUUUGUCUUUAAGAAAAGACAAUAUCUGGAAGUUUGAUCAAGACGAUGUGGUUCACAGAUAAAUAUAUUAGCCGGC